AUGGCGGUCGCUUGCGACAACGCCAAUCUCUCCCUAAGGAAGAAGUCCAAAGAAGCACCCGGGAUCUUCUUGGCCGACCUAGACGCACGAGUCGACGACAAACCCAGGCCAGAACCUGAACGAGACCUAGAGAAAUUUAGGGUCGGCAACUCGGAAGAAAAGUUUACCUUCGUGAAUAGGAACCUCCCUCAUGACCUAAAAGAACCAUUGGUGGAGAUGAUCCGGGCAAAUGGCGACCUAUUCACCUGGACACCAGUCGACAUGCCGGGGAUUGACCAUCAGAUCAUGUUGCACCACCUAGCUGUGAAGGCAGAGGCUAAGCCAGUGGCGCAAAGGAUGAGGAAAAUGUCCCAAAAAAGAGCUGACGAGGUGGCCAUGCAAACGGCCGGCCUGCUAGAGGCGGGGUUCAUCCGGGAACUGGACUACUCGACGUGGAUAUCGAAUGUAGUACUAGUUAAAAAGCCCAGCGAAAAAUGGAGAAUGUGCGUGGACUAUUCUGACCUUAACAAGGCGUGCCCCAAGGAUUCUUUCCCCUUCCCUAAUAUUGAUGCUCUUAUCGACGCGGCUGCGGGAUAUCGGUAUCUGAGUUUCAUGGACGCAUACUCUGGCUACAACCAGAUACCGAUGCACCGACCAGAUGAAGAAAAGAUGGUGUUCAUAACGCCAGGGGGAACGAACUGCUAUAAGGUGCUGCCGUUUGGAUUGAAGAACGUAGGAUCUAUGUACCAAAGAAUAAUGAACAAGAUAUUCAGCGAUCUUAUCAGCAAGACAAUAGAAGUGUACGUAGAAGACAUUCUGGUAAAGACCACCAUGGCCGAGGACCUCAUCGGUGAUCUAGAGAAUGUGUUCGCAUCUCUUCGGCAGCACGACAUGAGGCUUAACCCGCUCAAGUGCGCCUUCGCCAUGGAAGCCGAAAAAUUCUUGGGGUUUAUGAUAACCCAAAGAGGAGUGGAGGCCAACCCAGAGAAAUGUGAAGCGAUCUUACAAAUGAAGAGCCCGGGAUGCAUAAAAGACGUCCAGAGAUUGGCGGGAAGGGUCACCGCACUAUCCCACUUCUUCGGCGCAUCGGCCGCCAAAGCUUUGCCAUUCUUCAACUUGAUGAAAAAGGGGAUAGUGUUCGAAUGGACCCCGGCGUGUGAAGAAGCCUUCAAGCACUUCAAGGAUAUAAUCUCGACAUCGUCUGUCCUCGGGAAAUCUAAGAAUAGAGAGGCACUGUACCUGUACUUAGCAAUAACUGAUGAGGCUUUGGCAACAGUCCUGGUGCAACAAGAAGGAAAGAUCCAGCAACCAAUUUAUUUUGUAAGUAAGGCGUUACAAGGGGCGGAGCUGAGGUACAGUAAGCUGGAGAAGCUAGCAUAUGCACUCCUGACCUCCUCCCGUAGGCUGCGACAGUACUUCCAAGGACACCAAAUAAUCAUCAGGACGGACCAGGCAAUCUGCCAAGUACUCCAAAAACCCGAUCUGGCGGACAAGAUGAUGACCUGGGCAAUCGAACUGUCUCAGUAUGACUUGCAGUACGAACCCAGACAUGCAAUCAAGGCCCAAGCCAUGGCUGACUUCCUGGUAGAAGUAACGGGAAGCCCUCCUAAGAUACCGAGCACAUGGUGGAAGCUCCCUGUAGACGGAGCCUCCAACCAAACGUUUGGUGGAGCAGGGAUCAUCCUGAAAAGUCCAACCGAAGUCGUAUAUGAGCAAUCGGUCAAGUUUGAAUUCCCGGUGUCCAAUAAUCAAGCGGAAUACGAGGCCCUUCAUGGUGGCCUAGUUCUGGUAAAGGAGGUCGGGGCCACAAGAGUAGAAGUGUGUAGCGACUCUCAAGUUGUGACUUCCCAGAUCAAUGGAACGUACCAAGCCAGAGAUUCACUAUUGCAGAAAUAUUUGGAGAGGGUCAAAAAGCUGAGCGAGGAGUUCGACGAGGUCACGGUGCAACACGUUCCGAGAGAGAGGAACACUCGGGCAGACCUCCUAUCAAAAUUGGCGAGCACAAAGGCAGGAACAGGCAACCGGUCUCUGAUUCAAGGUUUAGUGAAAGAACCAACGGUGACCCUGCAUAUAACACGGGCACCCGACCCACCCUCUUGGGUGGACCCAAUCAUUGAUUUCUUGGAAAUGGGUAAGCUCCCGGAUGACGACAAGACGGCAAAGGCACUAAGAAGAGAAGCGGCCAAGUAUACAGUAAUACAAGGCCAACUGUUUAAGAAAGGGCUCAGCCAACCCCUAUUGAAGUUCCUACGCCCCGACCAAACGGACUACGUGUUAAGGGAGGUCCAUGAGGGAUGUUGUGGUCACCACAUCGGGGGGAAGGCCUUAGUCUGGAAGCUCGUUAGGGCCGAAUAUUACUGGCCCUCAAUGAUGGCGGAUUCCAAAGAGUUUGUGAAAAAGUGCAGAAGAUGCCAGGAGAAUGCCAACUUCCACAAAGUCAAGUACCUAAUUGUCGCCAUCGACUAUUACACCAAGUGGGUAAAGGCCGAGCCGCUGGCCAGCAUAUCCUCGACUAAUUGUCGGAAGUUCAUCUGGAGACAAGUAAUAGCCAGGUUUGAGGUCCCAGAGGUCGUCAUCUCAUACAAUGGGACACAGUUUGCCGACAAAAAAUUCGGAGAGUUUCUCGCCGGCCUUGGCAUAAGGCAGAAAUUCUCGUCUGUUGAGCACCCCCAAACCAACGGCCAAGUCGAAGCUGUGAAUAAGGUCAUCCUACAAGGCCUCAAGAAGCGACUUGACCAAAAGAAGGGAGCAUGGGUAGACGAGUUAGCCUCGGUUCUCUGGUCCUAUCACACAACUCAGCAGUCAUCUACCGGGGAGACGCCCUUCCAGCUCACCUAUGGGGUGGAUGCGAUAAUACCCGUGGAGAUCAGAGAACCGAGCCCGCGACUACUUUUGGGUGGAAUAGAAGAGGCCGUAGAAAAGGACUUGGUGGAUGAAGCUAAAGAGAUGGCCCACUUGUCGGAGACGGCGUUGAAACAAAGGAUAGCCCUACGCUACAACGCCAAAGUACUCAAGAGAGAGUUUGAGCAAAGCAACCUGGUCUUACGGCGCAACGAUGUCAGACUCCCGACUCCAGGGGAAGGAAAGUUGGCGGAAAAUUGGGAAGGCCCGUACAGAGUAAAGGAGGUGCUCGGCAACGGCGCUUACAAACUGGAACGAUUGGACGACAGAGAAGUGCCGAGAACCUGGAACGCGAGCAACCUAAGAAGGUUCUAUUCCUAG